AUGGCUCCUCAAGCAAACAAAGGUGCUGCCGCCAAGGGUGGUAACAAGAAGGCCAAUGCCGCUGCUAAGGCUACCUUGAAGGGUGUUCACUCUCACAAGGUCCGCAAGGUCCGUCUCUCGACCACCUUCCACCGACCUAAGACCCUUCAACUUUCCCGUGCCCCAAAGUACCCACGUACCUCGAUCAUCUCCCAACCCCGCCUCGACGAGCACAAGAUUAUCAUCCACCCUUUGAACACCGAGAGCGCCAUGAAGAAGAUCGAGGAGAACAACACUCUUGUCUUCAUUGUUGAUAUCAAGGCAAACAAGGCCCAAAUCAAGGAUGCCUUGAAGAAGCUUUACGAUAUUGACACCGUCAAGAUCAACACCCUCAUCCGACCAGAUGGAUCCAAGAAGGCCUUCGCCCGUCUUACCGCUGAUGUUGACGCUCUUGACAUUGCUGCUACCAAGCUCGCAAUUGUCUAA